AUGGCAAGUAAACCUGGUCUUAGUGCAGGAAAGAUUCAUACUAAUGUUAAGCAAUUUGUAGUAAUUGGCACUAGAUUGACUUUUGUUGCACAUUAUCUGACAAUUUAUCAUCGUUUCCAUCCUAUACUAGGACAGAAGAUUGAGACUGGUCACCAGGAUACAGUUCAUGAUGUGGCAAUGGACUACUAUGGCAAGCGUCUUGCAACAGCUUCUUCAAAUAACACCAUUAAGAUAAUUGGUGUUAGUAACUCAAACUCGCAGCCUCUUGCAACUUUAAGCGGUCACCAAGGACCGGUAUGGCAAGUAGCAUUGACGCACCCCAAGUUUGGGUCCAUUGUUGCGUCAUGCUCCUAUGAUGAAAAAGUCAUAAUAUGGAGGGAAGGGAAUCAGAAUGAGUGGAGCCAGGCCCAUCUUUUCAGUGACCAUAAAGCUUCUGUGAAUUCUAUUGCAUGGGCUCCUCAUGAGCUGGGCCUUUGUUUGGCAUGUGGUUCCUCAGAUGGGAACAUAUCAAUUUUCACUGCGAGGUCUGAUAGUAGGUGGAAUACAUCCCAGAUUGACCAGGCUCACCCGGUUGGCGUUGCCUCCGUCUCGUGGGCACCAUCAACAGCUCCCGGUGCUCUUGUAGGUUCUGGUAUGCUCGAUCCUGUUCAGAAGCUUGCCUCUGGAGGAUGUGAUAAUGCGGUGAAAAUGUGGAAGCUUUAUAACAGAAUCUGGAAGAUGGACUGCUUCCCAGCUCUUCAAAUGCAUACCGAUUGGGUAAGAGAUGUUGCAUGGGCACCCAAUUUGGGACUCCCAAAGUCAACAAUUGCUAGUGCUUCUCAAGAUGGAAGAGUUAUCAUAUGGACCGUGAUGAAGGAGGGUGAUCAAUGGGAGGGCAAAGUUUUGAAGGAUUUCAAGACCCCUGUUUGGAGAGUCUCAUGGCCACUGACAGGAAACAUACUUGUCGUGGCAGAUGGCAGUAACAACGUGACAUUGUGGAAGGAAGAAGUGGAUGGAGAGUGGCAGCAGGUGACAACAGUUUGA